CGGUGCUUCGAGCGAUGGAGGGAGAGGUCUGCCCCGACAGCAAUGCACAAACAGCCAACAUAAUGAUUGUGUGAUGGCUGUGUCCGCAGGACGACAUCUUCGAGGCCGUCGGGGCGGGCGAGUUGCUUGCUGUUACUAAGCUCAUCGACAAGCACGGUGCGGGCCGAUGAGCUGUAUACGGAUGGACUGAGCACGUAUACGGAUGGACGUACUCUGUGCGGGCCUGUACGUGUAGGUGUGGAGAUACUGGACAGACGAGACGAAGAUUCAUCUAGCAAGGUACGCAACCGAGAAGACGACGGAAAUGCGCUCCCCUUUGUCUUCCAUGCGCGCAGCCCACGCCCUUCAUUGCAGCUGCGACGAAAGGGCACGUUGCCAUCAUGAAGGUCAUGUACGAUCGUUACGGCCCGUCGAUAUUGCAGCAACGAGACAUCGUACCGACACAGCCAAAUACCCAUUCAUGCCGCUGGUGAUGAUGAGAUGUCCUGUGCUGUCAUGGACUGCAGGGUGAUCAGACUGCGCUGCACUGGGCUGCAUGGGGAACGAAGCUUGCAGCUGUCAAUCAGCUGCUGGCGUGGGAUCCCAAGCUGAUCGACGCUGUCAGAAGUGCAAGUCGGUCCAGGGUUUAGGGUCUAGGGUUCAUAGACCGACGGUCCACUGAUCUGUGAGACAGGACGGCUGUUGAGUCUUUGUCCGUUCCAUGAGACAGGCCAUGGCGGACAGGACGUCAGACAGGAUGGACUGACGCAUACUACAUGUCCUACGUGGACUCUCCACAAAAUCCACAGACCUUACGUUGCAU